AUGAGCGGUCUCAAGCGUCUGCCUCCGUUGCUCUUGCCGGCACCCGCUGCCCGCCACACGGCCACCGUCAUCUUCUUCCACGGCCUGGGCGACACGGGCUAUGGUUGGGCUGAUGCCGUGCAGAACUGGAGACGUCGAUCCAAGCUCGACGAGGUCAAGUUCAUCUUGCCUCACGCCCCUCAAAUCCCCAUCACCUGCAACGGAGGUAUGCGGAUGCCUGGCUGGUAUGAUAUUGUUGCGCUCACGGGUGCGCCUGACGACCUGCGCCGGCAGCAGGACGAGGCUGGCAUGCUAGUGAGCCGGGCCUACAUCAGCGGCCUGAUCCAAGCCGAGAUCGACAAUGGCGUGCCCGCCGACCGCAUCGUGCUGGGCGGGUUCUCGCAGGGCGGCGCCAUGUCGCUGUUUGCCGGCCUGACCACGCCGCGCAAGAUUGCCGGAAUCGUCGGCAUGUCGUCGUACCUGCCCCUCGACGCCAAGCUGCCCGAGUUCCUCGGCGAGGGCAACCACAACCAGGACACGCCCAUCCUCAUGUGCCACGGCACCGCCGACAAUGUCGUGCCCGCGUCCGCUGGUCGCAGCAGUGCCGAGCUGCUCAAGAAGACUGGCUUCGACGUCACCUGGAAGGAGUAUCCAGGCAUGGCUCACUCGGCGUGUCUCGAGGAGCUUGACGAUGUCGAAGCUUUCCUCGCUAGCCGUCUACCUGCCCUGGGCGAGGAGAAGAGGUCCGAGUUGUGA